AACAAGAAGAGAUAGCUAAAAGUAAAUCAGCAGGUGAGUUUCUGACAUGGGAAGAUCUUGCAAAAAUGAAGUACACGUGGAAAGUAGCCAUGGAAACUUUGAGGUUUUUUCCACCUGUCUUUGGGGGCUUUAGGACAGCUAUAAAGGACAUAGAUUAUGGUGGAUACCUCAUUCCUAGAGGGUGGCAGAUUUUCUGGGUUACAAGCAUGACACACAUGGAUGACAGCAUAUUUCCUGAGCCAUCAAAGUUUGAUCCCUCUAGAUUUGAGAAUCCGACUUCAAUUCCACCAUAUUGCUUUGUACCAUUUGGAGGAGGACCUCGAAUAUGUCCAGGAUAUGAUUUUGCAAAGAUUGAAACCUUAGUUGCAAUUCACUAUCUGGUUACCAGGUUUAAUUGGAAGUUGUUAUGUUCAGACAAUUUUUUCAGUAGGGAUCCUACGCCCGUGCCAACUAAAGGGUUGCCCAUUCAACUCAGUUCCAGAUUUCAGCAGGGAUCCUAUGCCAGUGCCAGCUAAAGGAUUGCCUAUUCAAACUACUGUUGAAGUCUGAUCUUAGGUUAUUUUGGAACUUCUCUACUUGCUUCAAAGAAACUUUCCAGUGUACUGUUGUUGGCCAAAUGUCAUAAAUUUACACUUUAUCAUCCUAGCACAUGCCGGCAUCAGAUUAAUGGCUUGCACUGAACAUUGAAACUUCUGUGUGCACACAGAGAAGAUGUUGGCCAAAUAUCGUAAAUUUACAUUUUAUCAUCCUAGCACAUGCCAGCAUCGGAUUAAUGGCUUCCACUGAACAUUGAAACUUCUCUGUGUGCACAGAGAAGAAAACUUUCUCCUCAAU